UGCAUGAAUCAUUUUCCUCAUACAGUGUGAGUGAUCUGAAAUGCAGUAACAUUAGCUGCAGGAAAUGGCUGGCAGUUUGGAGUUUGUAUGACUGCAGGCAUUGAUAUGGACAGAGCACUGCCCCACAUCAAGUCUGUUGCAUCCAUAUAACUCUUCCAGUAAUGUAUCCAUCAGAACACUAACCUUUCAAAAAUAGUCUUUCCCCCUGCUUUCAUGUGAAAGCUGGAUUUUUCACUAGUAACUAAAACCACUCUGGAGAGUAAUUUCUUAUGCCAGUUCUUUCUAAACAUCGAUGAUCUUGACCAUUAACUCAUUCCUUAAAUGUGUUUUCUUAAAGUUGUUGUGUCUCCACAGGACUGACUUCCAUGAUGUUGAGAGGAGUCGCUCAUGGUGCAAAAGACACGUUCACUCUUCUGUUGACAAGAUCUCAGAGCCAUAACCCAGGACCAAAGCUUUCUUCAGUAUGGCCUGACAUAACAAACAAAAGCUUCCUAAUACAUUCCAGUUACACAACUGAUACCAAGUCAAAAGAAGAAAAUAAAAAAACCCUUGAGAAUCUCUACAGUUUGUCAGUUGACAUAUCGAAGAUACGCAGACUGAAGGAAUGGGUCCUUCUCCAGGAUGUGGCCUAUGUUAAAGAAAUCGCUGGUAUCUUACAGGAAAUGGGAGCAGAUGAGACCACUGUAGCCAACAUUAUAGAACGCUGCCCGGAGGCAAUUCUUCACACCCCAGCAGAGAUAAACUCUCAAAGAGCUUUAUGGCAGUUAGUAUGCCAGAAUGAAAAACAGCUGAUUAAAUUAAUAGAGCAAUUUCCAGAGUCUUUUUUUACUACUGAGUAUCAGCAGAACCAGAAGGCAAACAUACUAUUUUUUCAAGAGCUGGGACUUAAGAAUAAUAUAAUCACCAGGUUCUUGACAAGUGCACCCAAUAUAUUCUAUAAUCCUGUUGAGAAAAACAAAACUGUGAUAGAGACAUUACAAAGAAAUUAUUUAAAUUUAGGGGGUUCUGAAGCAAAUAUGAAGAUCUGGAUACUGAAGCUAUUGAGCCAAAAUCCAUUUAUUUUAUUAAAUACUUCCACCGCAAUCCAGGAGAACUUGGAAUUUCUCCAAAAGAAUGAUUUCACUGACCAGGAAGUUCUACAGCUGCUAUCCAAACUUAAAGGCUUCAUUUUUCAACUUAAUUCUACCACUAUGCAGAAGAGUAUGCUUUUCUCCAAAAACACCUUCAAGUGCAGUGAUCAAGAACUAAAACAAUUAGUGCUGAAAUGCCCAGCCCUUCUCUACUAUUCUGUUCCAGUUUUGGAAGAAAGACUUGAAGGACUACUGAAGGAAGGAAUUUCUAUAGCACAGAUUAGAGAGACACCAAUGGUGCUGGAGUUGACAACACAAAUUGUUCAGUACCGAAUUAAAAAGCUCUCUGCAUUAGGAUAUGAUAUAAAGAGUGGAAAUCUUGAAAGUUUGAAUGGCACUAAAAAAGAUUUUGAAGUCACUUAUGGUAAGAUACAAUCAAAGAAGGAGAGACCAAUUUUUAAUCCUGUUGCUCCUCUACACAUUGAAGAUUAAUUUGAAUGCUGUACUUCAAGUUAUGCAAAAGCAAAUUAAAAGGG